AUGGAAGGAGGACGUGACAAGACGCCGAAAAGCCCAGCGACAAAGCACGCCGGAUACCAGCACAAGCGGCCUGUGAUACACCAAUCGACAGAACACCAGAACCAAGGCAAGAUAUUCAACAAACUAGUCUCAGUGGAGGAUGCCGGGUGGCAGGCUCUCACUCUAGUCGGGUGGUAUCCAGUUAUUUCUCGCUGCUACAAUGACAGCCGGACGACUCGUGGUCCUGGAUCACAGGGAAACUAUACACCACGAGAGAAGAGUCGCGACAAGACAAAGAAACCCACCUCGUCUCCUUCAGCAUACUUGAUAUCUGUAUUAGAAAAUUGUGGCUACGAUGUCGGCAUUGCAAAACCGAAAAGCCACAGCGUGGAUUUAUCGUAUAAUUCUCCCCUCGCUACGACCCGCUCCUCUAUGAAAACCCGUCGAAAGACUAAGGUUAAGAGCUCUCAGUAUCCGAAUGCGCGCCUAGCCUGCGCUACAGUAGUUGCAGACUAUCUUCGUUAUGUUCAUCCAUUGCUUGAGUCAGAGCCUUCUGGGCCCGUUUCAAACCAGGGAUUCGACAAAACGUUGGACAAUGCGCUUCUCACUGUUUUUAAUGACGAAGUGGUCCAAUACUUGUCAGAUAGGGGUUAUUCGAUAGAAGAUGUGAUGGUUUGGGCUUGGAUACUUGCCUCAUCCCAACCUCUCCAGGCUGCAAUGCGUUAUAAAAUCUUCGAAAAAAGGGCUUCUGAAAAUAGUCUGGAAAGUGCUAAGGUUCCAUUAUUUGUGUUACUUUUUACUCUCCGGCGAGAGAGCAUCUGUGCCACUGCUUUCAGGAUCUUAUUGUUCCAAGCUUGGGAUAUAUUAAGUGAUAACCUAUCCAGCGAUCAAACUUCGGAAAUUUCUUCUGGCCCUAAAAGGAGUGCCUGGAAUAGAUCUGGAGAUGACAAUACUAUUAUGAUUCUUGCUGUGCGCCUUCUACGGCUUGCUGGGCAAGUGUGGCCACAAGCCUUCCCUUCCAUAGCUGCUUUGAUUACCAGAACUCUUGGAACUGCCUCUGCCGCAAAUAAAUCGAACGAGGCUUACGAAAAGAAGAUUAGAGGUCUAACUAUUUAUUAUAACAAACUCCUUUCACUUCUAGCAAUCCCAUGUCGCCUUGAACCGUAUCGUUCAGCCAUAUUUCAACAACGUGCUCAGUUCCAGUUGCUAAGGGAAAUGUCAAAAUUUAACCCUCCCCUCCCUGUCACUAGGGAAGGCUAUCAGGCUAUUACUAACGUACAACUGGCCCAAAAGAAGACUACUCUGGAACGACAGUGGGCCAAUUUUAAAGCUCAGUCGUGGCCUCCUUGGAAAGAGGAAAAGCUCGGCAUUGAUUUCGAAAGGGGAAACGAGGGCAGUGAGAGUAGGGCGCUUAAGUCUAUUUCACAUAUGAGAGAUGUCGGAUAUGGUAUGACUGCAUGGGAGCAGACUGCAGCCAUAUACGCUGGAUGGGAUACGGAUAAGACUCCGACGAUCCAGACGAGAACGUUUCUUCCGAAGCCUAACCGCUUUCGGAUGUCAUCAUUUUCAGGACAAACAUCCACGCAACCUUCCUCGAGAACCGGCGUUGGUAUGACUAAAACCCCAGAUCAUGGAAGGUACUUCGAUAUCUGGUCUGCUCGGAUACGCGCUACGAGGACUUUAAAGGAGGCGUGGGCAUGUUUUUUGUCCUACAGGGAUAGUGGACUCCCACCCCACAAAGCCAUAUAUUUCGCAAUGGCUGAAAAAAUUAUCUUCCAUGAUCGUUCCCAAAAUUCUCAUUCACAACUCUCGACAGAAGCCCUUCCAGGUGAUGGAAAGGAGGUUUUCCCUGAACCUUCUUCACCGCAAGAUGUCAUUUAUGUCCACUCCGAACCGCCAACAUUGGAUGAUUUGCUUCAGCAAAUGAUUUCACAGAACAUUAGACCCUCAGGAAAAUUACUUAUCCUUCUUCUUGUUAAUUCAAAGUCUAUUGAAACCGGUAUAGAAUACCUUCUCAUUAGCAACCUCUCUGAUCAGCAGAAAUCUGCUCUUGUUUCUAGCCUCUUUCGAGAUCAAUUAGUGAACGAGAAGUCCCUUGCUGAUGUGCCGGACGACAUUUUUGCCGCAUUCAUACAACUUCUUUCAUGGAGUCAUUUCUUGUCUGGAUUAGCAACGGACAGAGUUAAGUUCAGCAACCACAAGAUCUCUAUUCCUAUGCAGCGUGUUAUAUCUUGGUGGGAAGUUUGCCAUGUUUUAACAUGGAUGCAGGAUGCAAACAUCCCCCUUGAAAGUCGAGGAUUCGAAAUUGCUUGCUCCGCUCUUUCAAGGCUUAUUUUGGCAGCUAGGCAAGACAUGGAAGGUGCUGAACACGGCUUAAAAAUCGUCGAAAAUGUCACAGGCCAGAAAUACGGCUCGCCAGAGUCGUUGUCCUACUCAACAAUUCGUGAAAUGGUUCAGCAAAGCGUGGCUUUGCUUAAGCGCCAAUUUGAUUCGGUGGAAUUGACGGGCGGGAAGAAGAGCAUUCUGUCAUCAUUGGGGCUGUCCAACGAAAAUGGUGAAAGUAACAUUCCUGCUAUGCUACCAGGUAUAUUUGAAUCAACAGCCCCGUCUCUGCUCCACGCUUAUGUUCGGGUUCUUGGUUUGGCCAACGAUCGUGCUGGAUUGUUAGAACUUCUCCGGUUGAUGAGCAAACGUGAGGCUGGUCUGAAAUUCUCUGCCAAUGAACGCAUGGGCGGCAAAAGACUUGUACGUCGUACCGUGGUGGCCAUAAGAGUGUUUUUGGAGGGAGAUUGGGAGUUGACUUCUGGUGUGUCUGAGCCUGGGGCUUCGUACACCUCUCCUGCCUUAAAACAUCGCAGUUUUAUCUGCGAAGGAAAUAAUCCGGUCAACUCAGAUAUUUCCGAAUCCACCCAAAAAGCAAGGGCUUUUGCUGACCCUAUUGUCAAUGAAGCAUACGACAUCAUCGAGAAUACUGAGCUCCUGUCCCCUUGGCCCACAGACGGUGAAAUUAAGGAAUAUAAGGCUGUCCUAACUGGAUUGCGAAGAUAG